AUGAUCGUAUUGUUACUCCUACUAGUACUCUCUUCAACCGACUUUGUACCUGAACGGACGGUCUCCGAAAUUCACGCGAAUAUGGGCACCGUGGGAACGCAUACCAACGGCCGGAAACAACCGACCCGAGACGCCUGCAAAGGCAACUCCUUGGGAAGAGACAGAAAUCAGCUAGGCAAAAAGGAAGAACACAAAAAAACAGAUGACAACUCACCUAGGGACGAUCCAUUUUUCAUGAAAAAAUAUCUCUCCGUUGUCAAGGGUAAGAUGACAGCCCACUACAUCUCCUUUACUGAACUUGUCACUGUAUCGAUUGCCCCAGGGAUUGCCAUGAUAACUGUGUCCAUCGUCCCCGCUAUAACCCCAUGA